AUGUUUGGUGGAUUCAUCCAGUAUCAAACGAAAUAUGUGACGGACGAAGCGAGCAUGCAGGAGAUGUUUUCAAUGUAUAUUGAAAAUCGGUCUCAGAUCUCGUUCAUCGAGUUGUAUGUUGAGUUUGAACAAUCUGAGGCUGACCGAAAUAUUCUACGAGAAGAUUAUAAUAGUGACAGUGAAGAAGAGUUCGAAAGCAACUACGAGUUUGUUGGUCCAGAUGGAGAUGAAGAUCAUGGUGACGGAACCAUGGCCCCGGAUGUGACAGAAGUGGCAAAUGCACUCGCAAACGAAGUACCGUUUGAGGAGCCAUCAUUCAUGCGGGUGUUGGACUUGGAAGCCAUGCAUGUUCCGGAAUAUCCGGAAUAUAUGACUCAAGGUAAACAGAAGUUCCUAUUGUCGCAGAUGGUGAAUUUGCCAUUGGUAUGGAGUUCAGUUCCAGAGAGCAGGAAGUACUGUUGGGUUAUAAGGAGGUAUAAUGGUAGCCACACCUGUACCAGAGCAACCAUUUCACAGGAUCAUUCGAAACUGGAUUCUAUCACAAUUGCAGAAGCAAUUAAGCCACUGGUUGAGGCUGACCCCUCCUUAAAGGUGAAAUCCGUUAUAGCAGAAGUGCAAUCGAAGUUCAACUACACCGUGAGCUACCGGAAAGCAUGGUUAGCUAAGCAGAGGGCAGUAGAAAAAAUAUUUGGUGGUUGGGAAGCCUUUUAUGAGGCGUUGCCUAUAUGGUUUGAGGCCAUGUGUCACAAGGAGCCAUCGGCUGUUGUCCAUUUUGAGACUAUGCCUGCAUAUCAAGGCGAUGACUUGGUGGGUGAUAUUCGGGUACUGCAUCGUGUAUUUUGGAGUUAUUACCCUUGUAUUAGGGCAUUCAGACAUUGUAAGCCAGUUGUCCAGGUUGAUGGGACUCACUUGUACGGAAAGUAUAAGGGAUGUCUACUGGUGGCAGUAUCACAGGAUGGCAACAACAAUAUCGUCCCAAUUGCGUUUGCUAUUGUGGAGGGAGAGACUUCUGAUGCAUGGCAUUUUUUCCUUAGUAACCUGCGUCAACAUGUUGUAACUCGUGAUGGAGUCGGUCUAAUAUCCGACAGGCACGAGUCCAUCAAUGCAGCUGUGGAACGCAGUAACGGAGCUUGGUCACCGCCUAGAGCUUUUCAUAUGUUUUGCAUCAGGCAUAUAGAGUCCAAUUUUCUAAGAAAGUUCAAGGCCCCGUAUCUGCAGAAAUUGGUCGUCAACAUUGGAUACUCGAGGACGAUUAAGGAGUACGAAGUGCGUUACCAGCGAUUACGGGAACGUGGCGAGGCGUACACAGACUGGUUAAACCGUAUUCCUCGCGAACAGUACGCGUUGGCCUUUGAUGGUGGGUACCGAUGGGGCCACAUGACCACGAAUCUGGUGGAGUGCAUUAAUUCAGUUUUGAAGGGUGCACGCAAUCUUCCCAUUACUGCUCUUGUGAAGGCAACAUUCUACAGACUAAACGAGUUGUUCACCCGAAAAAGAGCGGAGGCUGAAGCCCGGAUCAAUGCUGGCCAUGUGUUUUCUGAUGUCGUGACCUCGAAGUUGCAUGCAAACCAACUUGCAUCAGGAAACAUCCAGGUUAGUUGCUUUGACCGCCAGAAUGAGGUCUUUGAGGUUCGUGAGAUGCCUAGCGGGCUGGAGUUUGCAGUCGAUCUCCAUGGCCUUCGAUGUGACUGUGGUGAGUUCCAGGUGGACCGGAUCCCCUGCAAACAUGUGUUUGCAUGUUGUGCCAACCAGCGACUGGAUUGGCAACUAUAUGUGCAUGAUGUGUAUAAGAUGGACCAGGUGCGGCGGGUGUACCGAGCUAGGUUCAGGCCACUCGGUAAUCCUACCACAUGGCCUGCUUAUCACGGACCAAGGUUCAUACCAAAUCCGUACCUGAGACGGGUCACGAAAGGUCGCCCCAGGAUGACGCGCUUUCUUAAUGAGAUGGACACGCGGAUGUUACGUCGUCCCAGGCGAUGUACGCUAUGUGGGGCUGAGGGACACAGUCGUACCAGAUGCCGUUCGUCAGCUGGUUCAAAUACCAACAGAAAUGCCCCCUAG